CAGCAAGCCCCCCCAAAGAGGAGCAGGCAGGGGUGGUUGCGGCCGACUGCUCCAUCCACAAUGCAUCUGGCCUCGUUCCCUUCCAUGUCUUGUUCUUAUUCCCACGCUCGCCACCCUCCUCUUCUUUUUUUCCUCUCCACCAUCCGACAUCUCCUUUCCGUUUGUUCGGGGUGUGUCCAUCAUUGCUCGAGGGGUCUUCCUUUAUACCUCCAAAGAGCUUGUUUCAACAUCGGCUUCCUGUCUCUCGUGUAUCUCGCCCAUUGCCCCAUCAUCGCGUUUCCCAUUCUUCCGAUCUUUCCGCAUAGUUUUGCAUCUUCCAGCAAGCAAGUUUCCUAUCAAGUCAUUUUUCAGCUUCAACGUUUUUGCAUAGCCUGCGAAUAGUCAUUUUUGGGUGUUUGCUUUUUCCCCAUCACAAAAGUCCGGUUUACGUCUGUCUCUAUCAACUCUCGGCCGCAGGAACCAUUAGACGACAAUUCCAAUGUUGUCCAAUUAAUCGUUAAUCGCCUCUUAAUACCCUCCCCUCUCGGAAAGACGGAUCUGGCGCUCUCAAAUGAUCAUUUGACCGUUGCCAGUCAUCUGUCACCGAUAUCGAGGCUGCCCUAGUUUUUUCGACAUCAGUUUUUGGAAAGCCUUUGGCAGAGAGAGACCACGUCCCGCCAAGGUUGGUGAGGGAGUGUGGUGAGGAUUUUGGGGAUCAUCUCUCAAUAUGUUGAGGCCGACGUCUUUUCUUACCAAGCUCGCACUUUGGGUUGCCGCUGCCAACGCCUUUGUUGUGUUCAUUCCCGACGACCAAUGCGAUCCUACCGGCCAUUGUGGUCCUUUCACCAAGACGACGCGGAAGCAUGGCGGCCACUCGGCGAGGUCCAAUGGCGGCGAGGUGGUCACGUUCCCUCUGAUUGCAAGGCCAAGACAAGUUCUUGACGAUGAGUCUGAACCUUUUGACCGUGUAGCAGUGGCUAUUGCCCGUGUCGCCCAGAAGUUCGGAGGACCGCCUGCAGUGCGUGCCCGAAGUCAGAAAGACGACAAGAACUACGUGCCAGGGAACCAGUACCCUAUUUCCCACCCCAUCAAGUCGACAUCAGAGGGCAGCACCGGCAUCUAUCAAUACGGGCCCGACUUUUCUUACUUUAUCAGGGUCGAGCUCGGCUCCCAGAAGACGCCAUUGUAUAUGCUUUUGGACACCGGUGCGGGCAACACUUGGGUCAUGGGAACCGACUGCACGGAAUAUGCCUGCCGCCUUCACGAUAGAUUCGACACGGCAACAUCAACGUCUUGGAAGCCCAAUCAAGCUGAUGACUUCUUCAUCAACUAUGGCACAGGUAAUGUCACAGGUGUUGUGGGAUGGGAUAACAUGGUGUUGGCGGGGAAGACUGUCAAUGUUCAAUUUGGUGUGGCCAACCAUACUGCAGAAGAACUGCGACAUUAUGCCUUUGAUGGCAUUCUGGGUCUGGGGAUGGGCCACUCUGUCACUGGGAGUUUUUUUAAGGAGGUCAGGCAACAGAACGCCCUCAAGCCGAUCGUUGCCAUCAGCAUGAACAGAGAUUCGGACGGCGUGAACGACGGCCAGGCCACUUUCGGCGGCAUUGACCCGGCCAAGCAUGUCGGCGAGAUCAAGUACGCCGACGUCACGACGGAGCACAAGGCGAAGGGCGAGUGGGUCAUUCCCAUCGAGGGUUUUUCGUUCGACGGAAAACAGGCCAAACUCAACUCUACAAAAGCUAUCAUCGACACCGGAACAACAUACAUCUUUGGGUCGCCGCCCGACGUCGCGGAGCUCUUCAAGCUCGUUCCCGGGGCCAAACUAGAUGAGAAGCCGGCCUACACCGAGUAUAUCGUCCCCUGCGAUACCAAAACGGCAUUCAAAGUUACUUUUGGAGGUGUCGCAUAUGAGAUUCCAGCCAAGGACUGGGUGGCCCAAGUCGAAGAUGACAAGUGUCUCAGCCGUAUCUAUGGCUAUAUCGAUCUACCUAGUUUUCGGCCUGGCGAAUGGAUUAUGGGGGAUGUUUUCCUCAAGAAUGUUUAUUCUGUGUUCGAUGCCGACAACGGCAACAUGCGAAUAGGCUUUGCAAACAAGGCAGCCCCGCCCAAGCCGACGAGCACGGGCAACACAGGUGCUGUGGCGACUGGCGAAGAUGGUCGACCUGUCGUACCUGGAUCUACUGGGAGCGCAACUGGCGAGACAAGUGCUGAGACGGUAACCCCAAAGACGGUCUCUGGUGGCAGCAAAGUAGGAGGUGUCGCGUUUACCUUGGCCUGGGCUCUGGUCGCUUGGGCCAUGUUGGCGGUGUGAAGGAACAUUGUAACAACAUUCAAGUGUGUUUUUGGAGAAGAGUGAUGUGCUCGAACCGCAGCACAAGACAUGGGGGAAACCACAGACCGGCUGUCUGGAAUAGGGCAGUCGUUGGUUGAACCCAAACAAGACUCAACGAGUCGCCUCCUGAAUUCGAUUCAACUGGCACUUUUUAUUUUGGAAGAGAGUGGCCCAGCGGAGAGGAGCCGAGUCGUGCUUGGGUAGAUUGUGAUUUUAUUCCUACCCCGUGAAGAGGAGCGUGGACGUUGUCACCUCCUGUCUCGACUCCUCGGCUGAGGAUGUUCACUCGACGAUCUUUGUGAUCGGUUAUAAAAGGGGCAUUUUGAGUUAGGUCCCGCCAUUUUGGUAGCGCUAGAGAAAUAAGUAAUAAUAAGCUUCUUUAACAUCACCUCA